AUGGCAAGCUUCGACGACAAACACGCCGCCGACAUAGCGGUGAGCGACGUCCACUCAGACUCGCCCGAGACAAAGCUGAUGACGCCCGAGGGCGAAGAGUACUUGUUGCAACGCCACGGCACCCUCGACUUGGACCCGAUGCCCCGGCCGACCCCGGACGACCCGUUGAACUGGCCUACGUGGUACAAAAACCUCCAGAUCAUGCAAAUGGCGUUCAUGGGGUUUCUGGCGACGUUCAUGGCGGCGGGGAUCUCGACCGCCUACGAAGACAUGGCCGAGCGUUACGGCAUGACCGUCCACGAGCAGCUGUACUUGACGAGUGCCAUGAUCCUUGCCUUUGGGAUUUUCCCGCUUUUCUGGGUGCCCGUGAUGCAGUGCUACGGCCGCAAAUGGUUUCUUGUCAUCCCCUCGUUCUGCUGCUUUGUCCUUAACCUUGGUGCUGGGUUCGCUAAGACGUACGGCCAGCAGAUGGCGACCCGAGUGCUUGUGGCCAUCUUCAUCUCGAUGGGCACGGCUGCUGGUGGCGGGCUUGUGCGUGAUUUGUGUUUCCUGAAGGAGCGGGCGUUCAAGAACGGGUGGUGGCUGAUGGCGUUCAUCUUGGGUACCCCCGCCGGCCCCUUCUUCUGCGGGUUUAUCCAAUACCACUGCGGCACCGACUGGAUCUACUGGGUGUUUGCCAUUAUGAACUUCGUCCAGUUUUUGAUGUGGUUGCCGAUGAAGGAAACUUUAAGAACGCCGGCGCCGUUUUCGGUUAAAGUGUUCUGGGCUCCGUUUAAGCAGGCGGCCAACAUCAACGUGUUGAUGGCGGUGAUCGCGGCCCUGAUCACGUUUGCCUACAACAACGUGUGCCUCGUGGUGUUGAAGCCGAUCCUGAUGGCGGCGUUCCACCUCAACUCGCAACUGUUGGGUCUCAACUACUUGUCGUUAAUCAUCGGCCUGGUGAUCGGCGAGAUCUUAGCCGGGCGGGUCAGUGACUGGUGGAUGCAGUACUGUAUCCGUAAGCGCGGGGAAAAGGUGAUUGUCGACCGGCUUUGGCAAGGCUACAUUGGCUUUAUUGUGUGCAUCGUCGGCCUUUUUGUGUGGGGGGCGUUUUUGGACCAGGCCGGGUCUACGUGGAAUGUGCGUCCCUUAGUGGGGGACGGCAUCGCCGCCGCCGGCAACAACAUCGUCGCCACCGUGCUCACGUCGUUUGCCAUCGACGCCAACCCCACCCACGCGCUGGACGUGGCGCUUUUCCUCAACUUUGUGCGGCUGACGUGGUCGUUCUUAGCGCCGUUCUACCUCCCCGACAUGUUUGAGCGCCUCAAGUACUUGGGGCUGGCCGGGUUGAUGAACGGGUUGGUGUUGGUCUUUGGCGCCGGGUGCACUGCCGUCGCCCACUGGUUGGGUCGUCACAAGGCAGUGGCCGUGGAAAAAGUUUGA